AUGGAGAUGUUCCAACAGUUCGAUUAUGGGUUGCCUGCAUGUUGGAAAAAUUCCGAUCUCGUCGUUUAUUUGGUUGAUUUCCUCCGAAAGACAGGAAUGUUGAUCGAUAUACUAGACUCAGUACCAUUACCUAAAGAUCCUACAAACCCCUCAUCUAUCUACAACCUUCCUCCCUCCGCAGCUAAGUUUAAAAUACGAGAUAUUGAUCUACUGAGAGUGGGCUUCGCACCGGCUUCAAACGAGGACAUUGUCAUUCCUCCAGCUGAAGUCACCAACUUUCCGAAACACUAUGUUCUUCCCAACAUCAAUGGUGAAAUACUUGCAAGGGCAAAAUUCGAUGUUCAUAAAUUUGGAUGCAUCUCGGAUCCUAAGGUUCAAACGUUUUUUGACAAAUUGCAUGACGUCGUAUUCAAUGGUUUAGGGGUGGUAGGGACAGACGAAACUUUUACGGACACACUUGUGGAUGAUCUACUUCGUAUCGUUGAGCUGAAUGACUGGCCUUUAAAGAUCAGAAACCACCCGCCAUGCAGACUAUACAUCGAAGAUGAGCCUUGCGUUUCAUCAAUCCCCGAGUUUGUAAUUAAGAAUAAAGGCUCGAUUUUUGUCGGAGUAGAGGACAAACACCUGAAAAAUGUCAGGCCAAGCACUGAUUAUGGUGAAUCACAAAUCGCUGUAGAGGUUCUCGCCUGUGGCAAUGAGGAUAUACGUUCCGUUGACAGGCAGGAUUGGAAAGAUCAAACCAUAUAUGUUGUCCGUGUGAUUUCUAGAUACGUAACGUUUUAUAAAGCUGUAAUUCCUGCGUCAUAUUGGGAGGAGCUUCUUUUCGGUUUGCCAAAACAACAGUCAAUUGUGAUAAAGCGGUGGCCAGGAGCAAACGGGCUAAGAACUGGUUUCGAUCUCGCAGAACCUGAUGGGAGACAGAAAGUGCUUACAGCAUUAAUCAAAAUUCGUCAAUAUUUAAUAUAA